CAGUGUUUUGUUGCAACGCUGUCCUGUUGUUGGAUAAAUUGUUUUCUUCAUCUCCAUCAAUUUUUGCUUUAUUAACUCUUCUUUUGUGAAAUUAAAGAAUAAUUCGAUCUUGCCAGCAGUCAUCGAUACUUUUCUAAUUCAUUUGUGGGACAUCUGUAAACUUGCUUGGAAAUUUUUCCUAUUAUGUGUUGAGUUUGACAGAAUGGUGAUCCAGAGUCUAAACAAUCGAGCAGCGUUUCGCUCACAAGGAUCUGGCAUGACUCCUAAAGAGCUUUCAGAGAAUGAUGACUUGGCUACUGGACUUGUUCUGGACCCUUUUCUUGGUUUCUCCACUCACAAGAUGAAUCUCCGUUAUAGGCCACCCAAAGCCAACAGAGAAGAAUUAAAGCAAGCUGUCAUAGAUUUCAUUGAACAUCAAGAUUAUGAGAAAGCCUACAAGCAACUGACAUCUAGUGAUUAUGUCUGGAAUUUCCUUUCUAACAAGAACAAGCAACAACAAAUGAAUGUCAAAGAACAUAUUGUUCGAUAUUUGGGGAUGUUCCAUGAAUCAGCAGGCUUCACUAUUCAAGCUUGUUACAGAUACUCUAUGGAGGGACAAAAGGGAGCAAAACUUUGCACUACAAAAAAGUGGUAUAAAAAUGAGCAAAUUACUUUAUUAAUGGGAUGUAUAGCUGAAUUGAGUCCUGAUGAAGAAGCUCAACUAUUGCACCCUGGAAAAAAUGAUUUUUCUGUAAUGUACAGUUGUCGCAAAAAUUGUGCACAACUUUGGCUUGGACCAGCAGCAUUUAUCAAUCAUGAUUGUCGUUCUAACUGCAAGUUUGUUGCCACUGGCCGUGGAACUGCCUGUGUUCGAAUAUUGCGAGAUAUUGAGGCUGGUGAAGAGAUCACUUGUUUUUAUGGCGAAGAUUUUUUUGGUGACAACAACUGCUUCUGUGAAUGUGAAACUUGCGAACGGCGUGGGACUGGUGCGUUUGCUAAAAAUAAGAAAAACACUCCCGAAGCUGCCACUAAAGAAGAGCGUUACCGCCUCCGUGAAACACAUUUAAGAUUGAGUCGUGUGAAAAAGCAGACGGACAAAGAGCCGGCGGCGACAGCAACGAGUCGCUCCUCAUCUUCUCGAAAUGCAACUACUCCCGUACGAUUAGAAGAUAGAGAGACUGUGUCCAGACCUCUAGACGUAAAAGAGCUCCGGCGAAAAGGCCUCACCAGGUACGAUGCUGAAUUAUUGGUUGCUCAAGGUUACGCUAUGUGUAACGAGGGAAAAACCAACAGCGAAGAGAGUGCUGGCAGCAGUAGCAGUACUAGUAGCCGCCACGACACGAAAGUUCCUGUCACCACACGUGUAGGUGCCAAACGUCGUCGACGAUUACAAACUGGAAAGGAAGUUAAUGGAACAAGUAGUAUAGCAAGUACUACGCAUCAAAAUGUUACUAGUGUCAGCGUUGAUGAUAAGAAACCAACUACUGGAACAGUGAGAAGCCUACGUUCCCGCACGGUUCGUAGUGCUCCAGCUGAUGUGGUUCAACCUACCGUUGUGGCGGAUUCUGAACCUGUUAGUAACGCUGCUAGUAACGAUGGUGCACGAUCUGGAAUGCGUUUAAGAAACAAGAAAACUCUUGAAACUGCAUCACCAACCGAAUCAUCUGCAGUAAGCUCCCCUGUUGCCACGCCGGAAGCAGAAGGCGUCAGUCGCGGGAGUGACGUUUACGAAUUCAACGAUAUCGAACACGAAAAUGGAGUCCAAACGGAAAGUUUGCCAGCAUUAGAAAAAGAAAUUCCCGUCGAGGUGAGAAAAGAACGCUCUGCUACUCCGCCUCCGCCAUCUUCUCGUGAACUUGCAUCUCACCAGCCUGCGUUGAUGACGUCACCAGGCGGACGUCUCAAACUGACGCUUAGGAUGAAGCGCAGUCCUGUUUUAGACGAAGUCAUUGAAUCUGGUAGUAGUAUGGGUGGUAGCCACCUGCAUCAACAGAAUAUGAUCCAUCCAGUAUAUGAAGUCCUUCGAGUUGAAGGAUUGGAAAUGGAACCUGAAAACGAACAGGAACCACCUCACAAAAGCCGAACGCGUCGGACACAAAGACGUAGGUCCCCUUCAGUAGCCGCCGAACCGUCGCGGAUGGGAGUGUUGCCGACCACUAAACGAUUAAGACUGAUAUUUGGCAAUGAAUCGCACACUAUCGAUCUACCUCCCACGAACUUUUCCUCGGUUGAAUGACCUCAUUUUCAUCUACUAAGUGACCGAUAAUUGGCCUGACAACUAUUUACUAGAUUCGACAGUUUAUGAAAUCGAGUGAUAAAUCAGCCGAAAAAAAAAUAAGGAAAUGAACAAGUUCGAUAUCAUUUAUUCACAAUCUGUACUCACACAUUCACCUUGAUCUAUUUAAAUGUCUUUUUCCGUUUAUCAGCCAUUAUAUUUCCGGAUUCCAACGUGACUAGUUGUAUCCUCAUAAGGCCUACAGAUAUUUGUCGGCCUCUCGCAUUUGACCAUCUUUUUUAAGUGUUGAGUCACGCGAUUUUAACAUAUUUUCUUGCGCAGCAGUUCUCUAUUUUUGUUUCCCCCUUCAAAUUAAAAUUAGUGCAGAUAGGAUUUUGUCUUGAUAUCAUUUUGCGCGUUCUAGCCCUUCCCCGAUUCCCCUCUCUUCCAGUUCUGUUCUGUUCUGUUCCUAAUGUCCUUCCUUCCUCGUCUAAUAUUAUACUUAAAAUUUUUAAAACAACCGAAAUUCUGCCCCUGCAUGUGUUCACUUUUUGGAUCCCCAGUAACACUUUUGAUGAGCGGAUUAUUAGUGGAUUACCACCAACUGAAGGUAGCAGCCCAACCGUAUUGGUUGAGUUUGCUCAUUGUUCGAUGAAGAGCUAAGACUUUCCAGACGUUCCGUUCUUUUCAAUCUCAUUGGGUUCCCUGUUUCGCCCCAUUAUUGAUGGUAGUAUCUAUUGAAGAGUAUGAUGACGUUGAAUACAAUUGUGGACGCUAGAA